AUGACGACUAGCGUCUCUGCCUACACCAACCUCGAGUCGCUCCUGCUGUUCCAGUGCCUCCAUGCCUAUGGCGUCGGCCCCUCCGUCUUCGCCCGCAUCUCCGACCUGCUGAAGAAGAACCCUGACAUUACCACCCACAAGUACUUCCAGGCCGGCCGCCUCAGUCCUGAUGCCCUGCGCAACUUCUACCUCGAGCGCCUGAAGAGAGAGCUCGAGCAUGAGCAAGCCACCGACAGCGACUCCCACAACGGCGAUGUCGCGAGCCCGACCAAGCGAAAGAGACAGAGCCCGAGCCUGCCUACCGUCCAGGAAUCCCUCCAGCACCAGCACUUGAUCCCCAAGCUCGUCACCAAGCUCUAUGCCUCGUACCGCUACGAGAUUGCCGAGCAGAUCAGGGCCGAGGAGGACAGAUAUGAGCGACUGCAGCGCGAACUGAAGAGCAUCGAGCGUGGAGAGUGGGACGACCAACUGAGGGACAAGGCCAACGGACAAACAUCUGCCUUGCGCAGCCCUGCCUUGCCCCGGAAGUCACCUAAUCUGGCACAGAAGCCUUUGCAGCCGAGCCAAAGCCCCCAGCCCGCUCAGAAUGGUGCGCGACGCGGUCCUUUCAUUGCGCCUUCCCCAGAUUCCACCCAGCUGUCUGGUCUUGAGUCUCCGCGACCUGCGCCUGCUCAAAAUGGACAGCAAUCGCCAUCUCAAUCCAAGAGGCAGCCUUCUACGCCGCAAUCCCACCCGACGCCGCCUCCGCCAACAGCACAUCAAGCCCAGCCUGCGUCGCAUCAUGCAGCAUACAACAGCGCUCAAUAUCCAAACAUCACCCCUUUCCCUCAGGCACAGACACCUCAAAACGCACAGCAUCAGCCUGGUCCACAGCAUCGUGACGGCCACCCGUCGCAGCCCCCAUCCCCAGCUGUAGGGUCGCCAGCCCAGAACUAUGGCGGAAAUGGAAUACCUCAGUACGGCGCUCCGGGAACGCAUCCGCAAUACCACCCACCGCACCAGCAGUUCCCGAACCAGCAACCUCCGGGGCCUCACUCGCCAGGUCUACACCCUGGACAGCAGAGGGCGCCGUACCCCCAUUCUGGACACCAGCCGUACCCUCCUUUACAACCUCAAAUGCCACACCCACCACCCCAAGCAGGUUUCAUGCUUCCACCCUUUCAGGUUGCUCCACAGGAUCCAUCGCGUGUCCAUCACCAAGCAGCUGUGCCGCCGCACCCCCAAGCCUCGACACCUACGAACAACCGACAGCCGCCACGGGCGAGUUUGCAAACGCCCGGCACUGGCAGAGCAGGCGCGCCCCCAAUCCAUGCUCUUGUCACUCAGGCGAGACAAUCACUCACGACACCUUCUACCGCGCACUCUCCACAGAGUUCUCUUGGAACUCCCGUAUCUGCAAAGAGUUUAUGGAAACGAUCUAGUUUCAAUGGGACACAGUCUACUUCUUCAAGCCCACGUCCAGAGGUGGAGCCACUCGAUGAUGUGCCGCCCCUAGUCCGCUCGAAUCAGAGUCCCGCUAAAACCAAGUCACAGCGCAAGUCCAGGGCAAAGAGCAAAGGAAAAGAUCCAGACCAGGAUUCCGUACCAGACGCCGAAACCCCGCAAAAUUCCAAACUAAUCAACGACCACGAGGAAGAAUCUUUGGCGGAACCCGAAACUCGAUCUGGACGUUCUCGACGAAAAGCCCCGGCAAGGCGAACACGACCCGGAAGCAUUGCAUCUUCAAGAGCUGGUGGUUCUGUGCGAGACCGAAGCAGAAGUCAGUCAAUUCUCUCACAUACCGAUACGGUAGCGGCAGACAACGAGUCGCAAACUGGCAACAGGAUCAAGUCGGAACGAGGAACCUCUGUCGAGGCUAUUGAUGAGGAAGCUACCGCCGAAACACCGUCACAUAUGUCUACCCGACGUCGAGGAGUAGCUGCAAUGUCGUCACUUUCAACGCGUCGAAAGCGCAAUGCCCGCGAAGCUUCUCUGGAGGCCGAGGACACAUCAUUUGGCACGCCUGGUCCUCCUCGAUCUAUCAUAGCACCACGUAAUUUUGCACGCAUGACAGCCCCCAUGAUGUACGACAUUAAUUCCCACAAGCACGCAUCUACAUUCAAUACUGCAGUUCGCGCCAAAGACGCAGAAGGCUAUUAUGACAUUAUCAAGCGCCCGACAGAUUUGUCUUCCAUCAAGAAAGCUAUAGCAGCAGGCUCAAAGCAAGUUGCUGCAGCUGCAGCGGCGUCAGAAAACCCAACUGCCAGUCCCGGCGGUGCAAUCGGAGGCCUCAUUGAGCUUCCCUUCACAGCAGACAAUGUGCCUCCAAAAGCCAUUGUCAACGCGGCACAGCUUGAAAAGGAACUUAUGCGCAUGUUCGUCAACGCCGUCAUGUUCAACCCGGGAGAAGAAGGCGUGGUCAACGAUGCAAGAGACAUGUUCCAGACUGUCCAGGGGCUCGUUAGCACAUGGAGAGAUGUCGAGAGGGAUAGUGGCAAGGCAGGUAAUGAAGGCACCCCUGCCGCCGAGGAAGAGGAUCCGCCGACGGCCAGCAAGCGGAGGAAGUUAUAG